UCUCACCUCAGUCGUGUGUGAGGCGCCAAAAGGUGGAGACACGGGUGGCCUCGCUUCCUUUGCUCCCUCCCUCCACUCCGCUCCACUCACAUCCUUCCACUCUCUCCCACGCCCUCCCUCACUUGAGUUUUCACACGCGGCGAACAGGUAAACACACACAAACACACACCUUUCCCUUGCACUUCCCUCGCCCACCUUGACGCCAACCCACGUGCGCUCAACAAUAAUAAAAACACAGUGAUUCUCCUUUUUUUAAACUCGAAGUCAAGAUCGCAUACGUAUAAUACUUCGAGUGGAGAGAUUAGUGAAUACGUGCGUGUGCCUGCAAUGAGUGACCAUGAGGAUAUAGCGAAUGAGACAAAAGAAAAUGACAUUGGUAAUAGGAGAGUCGUGAAGCUGAGAAAUCGUUGCCUGCCGCGAAGUGUGAUCAAGAAAACCAUGAAAUUCUAUUGUUAAAGGCGACGAUAUAUAAUUUUUUUUCGUUUACAUUCCUUGGAGAAUGUGACCUAUUCAAAAUGGCCAAAGGAUUCCAGUCACCACCGCGGGGUCGCAACAUCACCACCACCACCACCACCAUCACAACCACCUCCUUCAUCACCACCACCAUCCUCCUCUUCGCUAGCCUGACCCUCUGCGGCGGUGUCCAUCGAGGAUGUCAAUUCCACCCCCAGGAUAAACUGAUAUCCUGCACGGGCGUGACCUCAGAUAUCCUGCAGGAGUUUUUGAUGUAUGUUAAUAAGACUACUGCUACUCCUGCUGCUACUCCUGCUACUACUACCACUACCGCUAUCACCACCACAUCAUCGUCAUCACCAGAAGACACCACUACCAUCAACACCACCGAGGCAUCAACACCACAACAGGAACAAGACGUCACCACCACCACCACCACCACGGAGAGCGAGAGUGGUGAUGACACUUUAAAGAAUGGCAACACCGCAUCAAACAGGGACGAGGCAGCGACUAUCACCGAGCUAUCCUGCGUGGGCUGCCGUCUCCCUCGCCUCACGCCGCGCAUCCUAGGGACUCCUGUGACCUUGCAACGCCUCACCAUCGUGGAUUCGGGGGUGGAGGUGGUCCUAUCUGGCGCCCUGACAUCCCACGCUCCAUCCCUCCUCCACCUUGACCUCUCCUACAACCUCCUACGCGCGCUGCCUAAGGAUGUGGUUCUGCUGACUCGCUUACAGGUUUUGGAUCUGAGGCACAAUGGGAUGCUGGAGGUGGCGGAGGGCUCGACGCUCACCCCCCUGCGCAGCCUUCGUCAUCUGUACCUCGACCAUAAUCAGCUGGGGCAGACACUCAGCAGCAGCCAGGGUCAAAGGUCACGCUCGUCUGUGUUUGAUCUCUGGGCCAGCGAGGUCACGGCGCCUCUCCCUCGCCUUUCCCACCUCGGCCUCUCUCACAAUGGAAUUCCUGACGUACCCGACGGAGCCUUCGCUAACCUCUCGUCGCUGCUCUUCCUGGACCUGAGCGAUAACCUCCUCCCGUCCCUCCGCCCCUCCGCCCUGCCGCCCUCCAUCCGCGAACUCGAUCUCACAGGUAACCCAUGGAACUGCACCUGCGAAGCGACGUGGAUCCUUGAGAGACACGCCCGCCUGCCCCCCACCCCCUCCUUCCUCCUCUCCGCCGGCUCUUCCCUCUCCUCCACCUCCAUCCUCUCUCCCUCCGCCGCUGCCGUAGCUGCCAUCCUCUCCCCCACCUGCUCCUCCCCGCUACACCUACAUCGCCGCCUGCUGGACUCCCUUACAGUCUCCGAAGUGUGCCCACUGGAGGUAGACGCGGCCGGGGACGAGGUUGUGUACAUUGGUGACGACGUGGAGGGCACGCUGAAGGAGGCGUUCAGGACCUUGCACCUUCUGAAUGCCACGUCCCUCACCACGCACGCCCUCCUUGUCUCCUGGAGGGUAGACGCCGCCUUCUAUGCCCUCAGCGCCCUGGCCGGCGAGCCGCUGUCGUGGGCCGUGACGGUGCGCGAGGCGAAGCAGGGCCCGCGUGAGGCUCACGUGACGCGCCUCAGUCUGGACAAGUACGGGCGGGAGCAGCCUCACGGCGUGUUCGCUGACUUGUUGGAGGGCCUGCGCCCCGCCACGAGCCACGUAGUCUGCCUCACAGUGGAGCAGCGCCGCCGCCUGUACACACGCCCCGGCUACUGCCUGCACGGCACCACCCUUGCCUCGCCAGCACCUCGCCCUGACCCGCCCCGCACCUCGCCAGACGUCCCUCCCGCGGUCACGACAUCUGAGGCGUUGCAGUCCUACGCGACGCCAAACUAUGUCGUCCGCACCGAGGGGUUCACGGCGUGGGCAGCGGAGUCCCGCAGCGCCACUCUCUCUUGGAACGUCACCGUCCUGCUCCUAAAGGAUCUUUCCGUCCAGAACCAGUUUCUGCGUCCCCUCGGCUGGAGGGUGACCUUCCACCGCUUCGGGAGUGAGGAGGAGGAAGAGGAGGAGGUGGCGUUAGUGAGCCGUGGAGGUGAACCACUACAGAACUUUACCAACCACUACUCCAUCGAGGGUCUGCAGCCCGGCACCGGGUACAUGUUCUGCCUCCACACGCUGACGGAGGAGGAGCUGCAGGAGUCCCUGGCGGAGAAUGGCACGGUGGAGAUGCCACAGAGUGCGCUACCGCCACAUCCCGCUGGCGCCCUGUCGCAGGAGCCUCGGCCACACAGCCAGCCCACCGCCGCACGUGGCCGCAGCGUCGUGGACUCCAGGGGCGGGGGAGCCCCCCAGCAACUUAACACUCUGGACGAUGCGUUGCCACCUUCCCCACCGCCCCAACACCCUCCUGCGGCUGCUGGUCCCACUCUCCCCCUUCCAGAGUCCCCCAUGACUCUGCCUGGCCCCGAGGGAGAUUCCCUUUUCAGUGCCCCAGGCACGGGCAGCAGUCACGCCCUCCCUCAAAAUCCUCCACCACAGCCUUUUCCCAAUUCAGCAUCAUCGAACAUCCCUACUCCUCCAAGCCUUCCAGCGCUGCCCGCCAGCCGCCCGCCUCGACCCCCUCGGCCAGAAUCAGGCGGGGGCUUCGUGUACACCAGCACGGGUCUGAGGAUUCCGGUGCCCUCUGGCUCCCCAGGGCCCUUCAGAGUGCCGCCGCCCAUCUCUAUCAGCGGGCCUGGCAGUCGGAGGGUCCUUCCUCCAGAAUCACCCUCCACUCCAGCUUCCCGCCAGAGGUUCACCUAUGAAUUCGAGGAAACGUCAGCUUCACCGCCGCCGCCCCAGGCGUCACCCUCGUCCAAGAGGCAGAUCUACACGUACCCGACGCGGCGGAGGCGGGAGGUGGCUGAAAGCAAGCCGCCGCGUCUCGAGGCGGCGCCGCUGUGUCGCCAGGUGGUGACACCGGCCGAGCUGGACGUUGUCCUUCCCGCCGCCAUCGCCGGCACCAUCUCGUGCGCCGCCACGGUGGUGGUGGUGCUGGUGGUGUGCUGCUGCUGCUGGCCGCGUCGCUGCUGCCGACGGAAAGGCGCCUGGCGUGCCAGGUCCACGACAGACUCCCGAAAGGUGAGCACCAUCUCCGCGCCGACCCCCAUUACCGUGUUCUCGGCUCCCAGCUCCGUGGCGGCGGCGGGGCGGGGCGACGGGGACGCGACGGCCUCGAGGAGGGAGGAUCCGGGUGAUCCAGGCAUGGCGGGACGCACCGUUUCGGCGGUCACCUCCUCAGGCUACCUCAUGCCCUUACACUCUCCCGAUGGCAAAGACCCACAUAACCAGAAUCCAGACCCCAAGGCGGCCUACCUCUCCCUGAUGCAGAGUCGCCUGAUGCAGAGACACAAGGACCUGCCGGAGUUCCACCCCGGCUACGACAUCCCGCCGAAGGCCUCCAACAAGUCGCUGGUCGGCUAUGACUACCCGCACCCCACCCCAGUCAACCCCAUCGGCGGUGGCGGCGGCGGGGCGCGGAAACCAGCCGCCGCGUCCCCUCCGGUGCUGCCGUCACCCUCCAGCAGCGACUCCAACUAUAACGUGUCCGUCGGGCACAGUCCAGAGGCCGCGAGAAGCCCAGCGGAGGUGAACCUGAACAUUCCGUGCCAGCAGCCCAAGAGCUCCGCCUUGACCAAGAGCGUCCACGUCCCGCCUGACGACAAUUACAUUAACCCUAAAGAGACGCCCGCCGCCACUGCCUCUAGAACCUACCUCAAGUACCCGCCCUCCAGAACUCACAACCGUAGAUACGGACAGCCUCAGCCAGGCGCUGCGGAGCAUAGAGAAUCCCUGAGUCGCUCCACGCCUGACCUGCUCACCGCCACAACCAAUGCUGGUCAGGCGGCGGCGGCGGCACCCACCAACCUCCCAGCCAGAAACGGUCCCUUCCCCACCACGCCUUCCCCCGGCCCGGCGUCUCUGCCCCCUGCGGCCAGCAGCGAGGAUCUAACAGGAUACAUCAACCUUCCAGAGCCUCUGAGAGAUUCAGAGGACAGCAGGCAGCAGGAGCCGUCAGUGAGCAGCGGCAGCAGUGACGCCAAGGAGCGAGGGACGUACCACACCUGGAGCGGCCACACGGCCAGGCCGCGGCCCAGCGUGGGCGACGUUGUGCUCUCGGGAGGGACGCUCAUUGAGGUGCCUGAGGGCUACGUGCAGCCCCAGACACCCAAACCCACGCCCUACAUCAGGCUGCUGGUGCGCGGCCAAGACGGACCCAAAGGUCCGUUGAUGGACACUCCACCUCUGCCCCCCGCACGCACGGAGGGUCUGGGCGGCGAGCGGCGGCCCUCGCACGGGAGCAGCGUGACUCACCUCCAGGCCUCGGGGUCAGGCCACAACAGACUGGUCAUCAACAUGGCCCCGGCAUCAUAACGGCAACAGGGAGUGUGACGUGUGAAGAGACACGCCUUGAGUAUUACGUGACGGGAACACGUUCACACAGCUGUGAUGCGUAAAGUCACUUCUAAUUCUUUGAAAAAAAGAUAAAGCAAAACAAGAUUAAUUAAGUCUGAGCACAGGUGAACAAAACUUGAUGAUUCAAAGAAUUCACUCAUUACUCCCCAAUGAGUCCAUUAAAUGCUAAAGAAUCAGAAAAGAAAACUGAAAACUGAAACAGAAACUGAAAUAAUGAGACUUAAAAGUGAUUUUAGACAGAAAACUCAUUCUUAGCAACCAUUCCUUCCUACUGUUUCUUAUUUUCAUAA